CAGGUCAAAGGUCAGAUGACUCCAACUGUUUUGAAUGUUAGGCGGUCUUCAGUUUGUCAAGAUCCUCGGCAAAAACGGCUGCACGGUUGAUGACAGAGAUGUUAACUUCCUAAAACACAAACAAACAAACAAACAACUUCCUACAAAAACCUGAAACCUCCCAGCCAUGGAGCCCAACCAGAGCGCAGCGACACCCGAGCCCCCCUCCCCCACAUCCGCAACUUCAGACGACAACGGUUCGCCAGACUCCAGUCCGGAGAUGAACUUUGACCCUGACGCUGCCGACCUAACCCUCCCGCUGACCCCGUGUUGGGCGGUAAGCGAUAGCCACAGCCCGCCCCCCUCCCCCUCUCAACUCAACCGAACUCUCACCUCCCCACUCGAAGCUCUAGCUUUAAACAACACCGCAAGUUCUAUCUCUUCCCUACACGGGUCACUAAACGCUAGUCUCAGCCCUCCCCCCUCCCCGUGUGGACUCCCCCUAACGUUAGAGAACCUCCCCCCUGAACUACUGCUGCACAUCCUGUGGUAUCUGGAGUCCAAGUUCAUCGUGUGCGUGCUCGGACGGGUCAGCAAGUUCUUCCACGCGCUGGUGUCGGAACCGAUCACGUGGAAAAUCCGGAUGGGGAAACGCUGGCCGCGGGGGCAGCAGUACCCACCCAUGGAAGUUCCAGAUGACUUUAACUGGCAGCAGGCCUGUAUGGAGAGAGAGGAGACAGACAGACUCUGGUCAGACCCGAAGGAAAACAUUCACCACUUCACUCUGGACGGGCACUUCGCUACUGUGGAUGCUGUGCAUCUCAUUCAGAAUGGCACCAUGUGUGUAUCUGGGUCCAGAGACAGGACUGCUAAGAUUUGGGACCUGUCCAAGUUGACCGCGGGGGAGCCUGUUCCUACUGACGCUGUGGUCAAGUCACUGGAAGAACACAAGGGAUGGGUGUGGUGUCUGUCCUCAUUGGACAACGCCCUGUGCACGGGAUCAUGGGAUACCGCCAUCAAACUGUGGGAUUUGAACGCCAACUGUCAGCUCAUCACGUCUAUCAAGGAGCGCUCCGCCAUACUGUGUACAGAGAUGUUGCCAGACAUUCUCAUUGCUGGAAGCUACGACAAGCGUAUUUCUAUUUAUGAUGUCAGGGCGGACUACCAGCCAAUCACGACUCUCCGUCAGCACCAGAAGCCAGUGCUGUGUGUAGCAGCAGACUCAGACUACAUCAUCAGCUGUAGUGAGGACAGGACUGUGAAGGUUUGGGACAGACGUGCGUGUCAGGUCUACAAGACCAUACAGUUGGAGAAGUUCUGUAUGUCCAUGUGGUAUGGACAGGGGAUGUUACUGUUGGGAGACAGAAGAGGACAGAUACACAUGUACAGUACUGGGGACGGCGGCUUUGAAGAAAUCGAAACCAUUGAGGCUCAUGGCAACAAAGUGACAGGCGUCCACUACACACUAGGAGGACUUUAUACCUGUUCUACUGACAAAACUAUCAAGGUCCAUGAACCAUGUAGCCAGCCCAGUGCUAUCUGUACCCUGGCAGAGACAAAAGGGGAGGUGGCUGAUAUCUGUGUCCAGGCUGGUGUCAUCGCCAGCGCUCACUCUGACUUCUCAGUAGGGAUAUGGAGACCUGCCAUGUAAACAACAACAUCAACAAAAACAACAAAAACAUCAAUCAAAAUUAUAGAUCCUUGUUCUUGUGUACCUGUCACAAUUGAUUCUCAUAUUACACACACUUUGAUGUGUUUAUAAGCUGCUGAUUUACCAAGCGUUUUUGUUGUCGUUUAUUAUAAACAAAAUGAACAUUGUACUAAAACAAGUAAUAGCAAGUCUGUUUUGUAUUGUUCACUAGUGUGAUUGUACUCAAGGCAUGGCUCAAUGAAAAAUAAUAUAGAGACAAUCUGAUAGUAACAGGUUUUUACUUUUUAUUACAUGUAUGUUUACUGAAGGAAAACAUAUUGUUUUUGCUCAGUUUCUUCUUCU